AUGUAAUUUUUAGAACCAUAAAUAAUAGAAAAAGACAGCGAAUUGCAAUGUAAAAGGCAUUAGCAAAAAAUUAUUUCUAUAAAUCUUGAUUCCAAUUUAUAAAAUGAAGCAAGACUCUUAUGCAAGUCUUGUACCUAAAAGAAUUCUUCCUUUACAAUCAUCGUAGAGUAUGAGUAACUAAAAUAAAGAUUUGAUGAAUAACAAAGAUAAAAGAUUUAAUCUUACUUGGAAAUUAUCAAGCCUCACAUUAAAGAGAUUGAAAAAAUUUGUGAAAACUUAAAUGCUUUCAAAACCAGAAUUUUGUAAUAAAUUGAGCAAUUACUUAAUAUUUCAAAGAAUUGGAUAACUGAUUUAAAGGAUUCAAUAGUUUAAUACAGCUUUUUAAAAGAAUUAGACUCAUACAUCUUAAAAAUAACUUCAAUCCCUGAUCCGAAAAAUGUAGUUGAAAGAAUAAAAAUGAUUAAAACGAAUCUUCAAGCAUAAAUUAAUCCAAAAAUAGAUCAAUUUAAACACUAACCUGAGUUCUAGAAUUUAGAUCAAAUUUUUGAAUUUCUUCAUUAUUUAAUUCAAGACUAAGAGAGUGAAAUAAAUUAUGAAUAAGCAAAAAUUCAAGCAAUUUAUGAACAAGACUAGCUUGAUGAAUAAUAGGAUUUUUUUUAAGGUCUAACAGAUAUUGAUGAAUAGAUUUUGGCUAAUGUAAGUUAAGAAUAAGAAUGUAGUUAAGUUAUGCAAGGAUUUCCUUCCCAAAAUUUAAAUAAUUCAAAUAUGUUUGGAAAUUUUUGGGAUUAAAGCGAAUAUUUUAAUUAGAGUAUAAAUUAACAUUAAUCUAUCUUAGCAGAUGCAGUAAAUCUUCUGAAUGAUUACAAAAGCAUAUUAAAAUAUUAUGAUUAAGAAAUUAAGAAAAACCCUUAAAAUUCAAAAAAUUAUAAUUGCAAAGGUAAAAAUGAAUGUUGCUUAAUAAUUAGCAAAAAUUUUAACGAAAUUGAAUAGAUUUCAAGAAGCAUUAGAACAUUGUGAUUUAGCAAUUUCGAUAAACCCAGAUAAUUCAGACUUUUAUGAUUGUAAAGGUAUCAAUUAAUUAUGCAUUUGUUAACAGCAAAAGCAUUAACGAAAUUGAAUAGAGUUCAAGAAGCAUUAGAGUAUUCCAAUUUAGCAAUUUAGAAAAACCCUGAAAAUUCUGAAUAUUAUUAUUCUAAAGGUAAAAAUUUAUACUACAAACUAAAAAGCAAUUACUUUAGCCAAAAUGAAUAGAUUUGAAGAGGCAUUAAAUAAUUGCGAUGCUGCAAUUCACAAAAACCCCAUUUCAGAUUAUUAUAAUUGUAAAGGUAUAAAUUACUUUGCAUUUGUUAAUAGCAAAAUUAUUAACAAAAAUGAAUAGGUUUGAAGAAGCCUUAAAAUCUUAUGAUUUAGCUAUUUAAAGCAACCUUUAGGAUUCAUAUAAUUAUUAUUGCAAAGGUAAAUUUUAUUUUACUUACUAAAUAGCAACAACCUUAAUGAAAAUGAAUAGAUGGAAAGAGGCAUUAGUAGCUUGUGAUUUAGCAAUUUAGAAAAACCCAGAUAAUUCAUUGAAUUAUAAUUGUAAAGGUAUAUAUUAAGUAUGCAUUUUGAUAACAGCAACAGCAUUAACAAAUAUGAAUAGAUUUGAAGAGGCACUACAAUACUAUGAUUUAACAAUCAAGAAAAACUCAGAAAAUUCAUAUUACUAUUAUUGCAAAGGUAAAAAUGUAUUUCAAUAACUAAAUAGCAAUAACUUUAAAUAAAAUGAAUAGAUUUGAAGAGGCAUUAGAGUAUUUAGAUUUAGCAAUUUAGAAAAACCCAGAAAAUUCAUCUUAUUUUUAUUCUAAAGGUAAAAAUGUAUUUAAUUAAGCAAUAACUUUAACAAAAAUGAAUAGAUUUGUGGAGGCAUUACAAAACUUUGAUGUAGCAAUUUAUCAAAACCCCAUUUCAGAUUAUUAUAAUUGUAAAGGUAAAAAUUUAUUUUACUAACUAAAUAGCAAUAACUUUAAAUAAAAUGAAUAGAUUUGAAGAGGCAUUAGAGUAUUUAGAUUUAGCAAUUUAGAAAAACCCAGAAAAUUCAUCUUAUUAUUAUUCUAAAGGUAAAAAUGUAUUUAAUUAAGCAAUAACUUUAACAAAAAUGAAUAGAUUUGAAGAGGCAUUACAAAACUGUGAUGUAGCAAUCAAUUAAAACCCCAUUUCAGAUCAUUAUAAUUGUAAAGGUAUAAAAUUACUAUGCAUUUGUUAAUAGCAAAAGUAUUAACAAAAAUGAAUAGGUUUGAAAAAGCCUUAAAGUAUUAUGAUUUAGCUAUUUAGAAAAAUCCUAAAAAUUCGUAUUAUUAUUAUAGUCAAGGUAUAAAUUAAUUAUGCAUUUGUUAAUAGCAAUAGCAUUAAUGAAAAUGAAUAGAUUAGAAGAAGCAUUAAUACAUUUCGAUUUAUCAAUUUAGAAAAACCCAGAAAAUUCAUAUUACAAUUACUGCAAAGGUAUAAAUGUAUUUUACUUACUGAUUAGCAAUAACAUUAGCAAAAUUGAAUAGAUUUCCUGAUGCAUUAAAGUAUUUUGAUUUAGCAAUUGAUAAAAACUAGGGUAAUUCAGAUUAUUAUUGUUAAAAAGGUAUUUACUUCAUCUGAUUAUUGUGUAGGAAAGGCUUUAUUUAAAAUGAAAAGAUUUGAAGAAUCAUUGGAAUGCUUUAAUUAAGGACUUUCUUAAAAUCCAUUCCAUUCUGAGUAUUUAAAUUGUAAAGGUAUAAUCUGUAUUUAACAUAGCAAAAACUUUAAGGGAAAUGUAAAGAUUUGAAGAAGCUUUGGAAUGUUAUAAAUCUGCUAUUUAAAUUAACCCAGAAAAUUCAGACAAUUAUUAUUCCCGAGGUAUAAAAUUUUGAUUUAUUUUCACUUAGUUACAACUUUAUUAAUUAAGAAUAGAAUUGAUGAAGCUAUUGCUGUUUAAAAAAAUCAAUAAAAUUAAAGUAUCACCUUAAUAUUCUAAUUUUUUUUAGCAUAACCUAAGACUCCAUCCUUAAAUUAAAAUUAGAACUAAUAGAAAAACAGAAACAAUUUUUUGCCAAAAUGA